UUUAAGACUUGGUUCCUGUGAACUUGCCCUGUGGUUAAACUGCAUAAACACGGAGCUGAAACUUGCACGGUGUGAGGAGUGGAUACAAAAGAAACUGGAGCUUGCAUGAAGGGUCACAUUGUUUCUCUGCACCGAUUGAAACCUAACGGAAUUGAUAUCGAUCUAACACGGCGCGGGUUGUGUUGCAUCUCUGAUACGGCAUCAGGAUGAUGAAGUUUAGGUUCAGACGGCAGGGAAAUGACCCUCAGCGUGAAAAAAUCAAGCAAGAUCUGUUUGCUUUUAAUAAGACAGUCGAACAUGGAUUCCCAAACCAGCCAAGUGCCCUGGCUUAUGAUCCCAAACUGCAGAUUAUGGCCAUUGGAACUAAAUCGGGAGCCAUCAAAGUAUAUGGUGCACCUGGAGUGGAGAUGACUGGACUUCAUAAAGAUACAGCUGCUGUCACACAGAUACAUUUCCUUCAUGGACAGCAGGGAAGGAUACUUUCUCUCCUGGAUGACAACAGCAUUCACCUGUGGGAUAUUGCGCAGGAAGAAAAUCGCUCACAUUUGGUGGAGGUCAACAGCUUCACUUUACCUGGCAGGCCAGGCAUUGAGAGCACCAGCGUGACUCGUGUGACUGUUAUGCUGUUGAAACAGAGCUGCGAUCUUCUCGCUCUGGGAACUGAAGGUGGUGGGGUGCACUUCCUGGAAUUGCCCAACUUCACAUUGUUGAACAAGUCACUGUUCCAGGAUGAGAUCAUGCAGAGCGUUCCAGAAGAGUACAAGUGUGGAAAAUCAUUGGGGCCUGUAGAGUCCCUGCAGGAACAUCAGAAAAACUCAGAUAAAAUCCUUAUUGGAUACAGCAGAGGCCUGGUUGUGCUCUGGGACCUUAACAGUCGACAUGUAGACAACCUCUUCCUGGGAAAACAGCAGCUGGAGAGUUUGGUCUGGGAACGGUCGGGUAACAGCUUUGUCAGUUCCCAUAGUGAUGGUGGAUACAUGGUGUGGGCUGUCAGGAGCAGCAAUCCUUGUUGUCAUGAGCCAGUCUCUUCUACCGUGCCAUAUGGACCCUUUCCCUGCAAAGCCGUGAACAAGAUCCUGUGGAGGACAACACAGUCAGGAGGACCUCUGGUACUGUUCAGCGGUGGGAUGCCCAGGGCCAGCUAUGGAGACAGACACUGCUUAACCAUCCUUCAAGGUAGCAACCACGUCACCUUGGACUUCACCUCCCGUGUCAUAGACUUCUUCACCAUCCACUCCACAGACAGCAAUAGUGAAUUUGAUGACCCUUCAGCCCUUGUGGUUCUGUUGGAAGAGGAGCUGGUGGUGGUUGAUCUUCAGAUGGCUGGCUGGCCCACUCUCCCUGCUCCGUAUCUGGCUCCUCUGCACUCUUCUGCCAUUACUUGCUCAUGUCACAUCUCAAACGUCCCGCCCAGGUUUUGGGAGAGAGUGAUCAGUGCUGGACAACAGCAGUGUCCCAUGCAGAACUAUGAGAACUGGCCAAUAUGUGGGGGGAAAAACUUAGCACCUGAUCCAAAGCAGAAAGAGCUGAUGUUAACUGGUCAUGAGGAUGGCACGGUGCGUUUCUGGGAUGCGUCUGGAGUGUCACUCAAACCUCUGUACAAACUGAGCACAGCAAACAUCUUUCAGACCGACUGUGAUCACAACGACAGCCUGACACAAGCAGGAGAGGAAGACUGGCCUCCUUUUAGAAAGGUGGGCUGUUUUGAUCCAUACAGUGAUGAUCCAAGACUGGGAAUCCAGAAGGUCAGCCUCUGUAAAUACAGUGGGAAACUGGUGGUGGCCGGUACUGCUGGACAGGUCAUAGUGAUGGUUCUAAUUGAUGAGAAGUCCGAUCACAUGAUUGACGUGGCAACAUUGGAUCUCCUCCAGGACCGUGAGGGUUUUACGUGGAAGGGACAUGACCGUUUGCCUCCUAAGAGCGGCUCUGUAGUGUUUGCUCCUGGAUUCCAGCCGGUCGUCCUGGUGCAAUGCAUGCCCCCUGCAGCCGUUACCGCGGUUACCCUGCACGCAGAGUGGAACCUCAUUGCCUUUGGCACCAGUCAUGGCUUUGGCCUCUUUGACUACCAUCGGCGAAGUCCAGUGCUGGCGAGGUGCACCCUCCACCCCAAUGACUCGCUGGCUAUGGAGGGCCCUCUCUCUCGAGUAAAGUCCUUAAAGAAAUCUCUACGCCAGUCCUUCAGACGAAUCCGAAAGAGCAGAGUGUCGGGAAAGAAACGUCCCGUGGUUACCAGUCCCACCAGUAAAGUGCAGGAAGCAAACGCUCAGUUGGCAGAGCAUGAUCCAGAAGUGACACCGGUGCAGAGACGGAUUGAGCCUCGCUCUGCAGAUGACUCGCUGUCUGGAGUGGUCCGGUGUCUGUGUUUCGCUGACACCUUCCUCAAAGACGGAACACAUCAUGGUCCCACUAUGUGGGCCGGCACAAACUCUGGUUCCGUGUACGCGUACGCUCUCGACGUUCCCUCUCAGGAGAAGUUCUCCGAGCAGAGUGUGGAGGCUCUGCUGGGAAAAGAGAUCCAGUUGAUGCACAGAGCUCCAGUAGUGUCCAUCGCCGUGCUGGACGGCCGAGGGAAUCCUCUCCCUGAGCCGUACGAGGUCUCCAGAGAUCUGGCCAAAGCACCUGACAUGCAUGGCAGCCACUCGGUUCUUAUUGCUUCUGAGGAGCAGUUUAAGGUUUUCAUGUUACCCAAGGUUAAUGCGAAGACCAAGUUUAAGUUGACCGCCCACGAGGGCUGUCGAGUACGAAAGGUAGCUCUGUCAAACUUCACCAGCGUGGCUUCUGAGGACUACUCUGAGAAUGCUCUAGUGUGCCUCACCAACCUUGGUGACAUCCACGUGUUUAGUGUGCCAGCACUGAGACCGCAAAUACAUUAUGACUGCAUCCGCAAAGAAGACAUAAGUGGCAUUGCCUCCUGUGUGUUCACAAAGACUGGACAAGGAUUCUACUUGAUCUCGCCCUCGGAGUACGAGCGGUUCUCACUGUCUGCUCGUGUGAUCACAGAGCCACUUUGCCAAGUGGACACGGAGCGACCUCAUGAUCUCUCUGCACACAGCACGACAGACUCACCAAAAGCUAAUGGAACUCAUAAGACACAAGCCGAGAGCAAGUCUGUUGAGGCUGAAGGGCUGCUGGAGGAAAUGCGGAAUGCCUUGUCCUCCCCCAUCCUGGAUUCUCCAAACAGCAGUGCUGACAUCACUCUGGACACCACAGGCGAGCUCACGGUCGAGGACGUCAAAGACUUCUUAAUGUCCGUGGAUGAAGCUGAGAAUAACUUCAGGAACAUCAGCGAAGAGGAUGGAAGACGUCCUGGAAUCCUCAUCAAGUGAAGCGGGACAGCAGACAGCUGGAGGGGCAGUUCUGGGAAGGACUCAUUACAUCUAACUGACUCCGGAUCUGAUGUUGCACCAAACCUUGUUCAUGGAGUUUUGCUAUGGGAACGUCGCACUUUUCCCUGUGCCAAAAGACAGAGGGAUGCCUUCGUUUAUCGUCCUGUCGUUUACCUUUCCUCCAGUUUUCUUCUCUCCACAGCCGUUGGUUCCUUUUCUAUGACGGGCUGUAAAAUGGUACGUUUGAGAGAUGACCUUGAGGGAUCAGACAAUAAAACAGCCAAUGUGUUGCACAAUAUCCGUAUGGCGGUAGGGGGCUUCAGAAGGCUUUGAAGUCUUUUAUUUUUGUCCUAACAUUCCUUUUUUCACAUGUUAGUGCUUGCACAAUUAAGGAAUUUACUCGAAAGCAUAUUGAAAAAACAUAUUUAGAAGCCUUUAGUUUAUAUUUUGCCUCUAAUGCAUAGCUGCUACAGUUGAUCAAUCUCAAUUUUAUUAUAAUAAGUGCAACCAUCUGCACCCCUCAACGGUUUAUUGUGGCACCACAGGAUGCAGUUACAGUAAAAUGAAGAAACACAUUUAGAAUCUCAAAUAUUUUAAGUGCCAAGCUCAGUUAAAGAGAAAGAUAUAUAUAUGUCUUUAUGAAGCGUUUACUUUUCCCUCCUGACAGCCUUUUCAACAAUAUCUGUGAUACUGUGAUGGUUUCGGAAAGUUCAAGUUUUGGACCCUGUGGGUUUGAUAUACAUCGCCUUUGUUUUGUGUCGUCUUAAUUAUUUUUUUAAUAAUGUCCCUAAACCACUUGUCAUUGUAAGUAAUUUUGGCAGAUAACUGUGAAGUGUGUAAAUUGAAGGAACAUGGUGUACAACCUCUGCGCAUUCUCUUUAGUAAUUCUAACUAGUUCAUGUUGCGUACUCCUUUGCCACAAGUAUUAACAGAUUAUGAAGGAGCUAAUGACAUUUUCUAUUUGCGUAGUAUUCUCUAAAAAUAUUUUAUAGGGUUUACAAGGGUUCAUAUUUUGUAUUUUAUACAGUAGAUAUUUCAUUGGCAUUUAAGGUAAUUAGGCAUUUCGACCACUGCAUUUUAUGAGGUGAAUAUAAACAGUUGUGUAAUAAUUUCUACAUAUAUGUAAGUUAGAUUAUAGAAGGAAGGAAUUUGUCGUGCGCACAUGCACACACAGAUUUAUAAUAGACAUAUUUGGCCUCUCAGAUCAGAUAAUGCCGUUAUUAGCCAUUUAAUUUUUAAUGGUGUUCGUAUACAUGUGGUAACUAUUAAAGUGAAGUGUUAAAUUUACAUUGCAACUGAAACAAAAACGGCACAAAUACUUAUCAACAACUGUCACAUUUCUCCCUAUAUAUUAACUGGUUUGUUUUGUUUGUUACAUUUCAAAGGGACCUCAUAAAUUGUAGCUUAAUCGUUUCGUAUUUGUAAAUUUUUGUCUUUACUUUCCAGCCAACAUUAUCCUGUGAACCUGUAUUUAAUUGUUAUUUUUCUUGUGUAGAAUUUUAAUUGAGAAAUAGCAAUGCUAAUGAAAUCUUGAAUGUUAAUAAAGUAUUUACUCAACAUU